AUGAAUAUGUUGGAUGAUGAAGAUGAUCAAAGCUUUCACGCUACGCGUGACGGCUACUCCCAUUUGAGCGAUGUCGAAUGGGAUGCGGUUGAACGAAUGGGUUCAACCAUGGGCAUCCAUGCUGUUAGCGUCAUGCUAGAGGCUCUCAAUAGAGAUGCCCAACAUGCUACUAUCGCCAAGUUCAUUCAAAAUGAACUUGACGCCGAUCGCGAGAAAGUAGCCUUGCUUCACCAACAAGGUUCUCAACAAGCAGAGUUGUUGAGAGAACAGGGUGCUCAACAGUUUGAACUGUUGAGACAGCAGCAGGCUGCUGCUGGCGGGUCGAUGCACUUGCGUCGACCCGAAACCUUGAAGAUUGACAUCUCCAAGUAUAGGGGAGUCGAAGAGGACUCCCUCUUGAGAUGGUUCGUCGAAUUGGAUGACGCCAUAAGGGCGCGUCGCAUCGACGACGGGGAUAUGCAAGUUGCAUUUGCCCAAUCAAAUCUGGCAGGACGUGCCAAGACUUGGGCUUUGGGGCUCAAGUUGCACGACCCAUAUGCGUUUGGGUCGUUGGAAGUCUUCAAGUCGCGGCUCAGACAAACGUUUGAACCGCCUAGAGCUGAGUUCAGAGCUCGAACUGAACUCUUGAAGCUCAGACAAGGUAAGCGUGAUGUGCACGCUUACGCCCAACAUGUACGACACCUCACGAGUUGUACAAGUUCCAACCUGGUUGAUGAAAGCACGUUGGGUUCGGUGUUCAUGCAGGGUCUUGCGGAUGGUCCCGUCAAGACUCACCUGUUCCGACUUGAACUAGAUUCACUAGAACAAGCCAUUUCCAUUGCGGAAUAG